AUGCCCAAAGGAUGCUAUACCUGUCGCCGACGCCGCAUCAUCUGCGACAAUCGUCGUCCGACCUGUCGCAAAUGCCAUGAUGCUGGGAAGCAGUGUCUAGGCUAUACGAAGCCAUUGGUAUGGGUGAAAGGCGGCGUUGCAAGUCGGGGGAAGAUGAUGGGGUUGAGCUUCGAUGAUGUGAAUGGUCAGGAAUGUCAUGAGCGAAGCAGUAGUCAUUCUCGCCUAGAGCGAAACACAGAGCAACAAGCGGCACUUGAUCAGUCACAUCAAGGCUCCAACGAUGAAACACUUGUACACAUGCGAGAGCUAUCUGCAGAGUCUCCUUCAUUUUCACUAGUGGAUCCGUUGUUUCGAGAUGUGGCGGCGCUGUCGAGGUUCUACAUCUCACACUUCAACCUCCAUUGCGUCCGUACACUUGCUCUAUACGAUUCUGUCAGAAAUCCCUACCGAGAACUUAUACCCUACAUCAACGAAUCCCCCGUGUUGACUGACUCGCUGGCCGCGAUUGGAGCAAUACAUCAUGCAUAUAUGUCAACCUGUGACUACCAAUUUCCUCUCCUACCCGUCAGCGACGAGAUAGCAGAGACUUCCGCCUUAUCACUCUCCAGACCAGCCCAAAGCCUCGUUCCAUUUUCCGCACAGCCCGUCAAUUGCAAAGCAUUCGAACAUUUCCUAUCGCUAAAACAGCGAGCAUUGCAUCAGCUAUCCAAGGAUGUGGCACAACCGGCAACCCGCAAUGACGAUCGAACAAUUGCAGCCAUUUUUGUCUUGAUCUUACUCGAUGCUGUUGAAUCGGGCAAUGGGGCAUGGAAAUACCAUCUUGAAGGCGCAAAAAGCAUCCUGCGAAAUAGACUCUUAACUGCCAACGAAUACUCGAUGAUGACAGAAGGUAUCAGCACAUUUGUGAUCGACGCUUGCUUGAUCACCGAAAUCAUGGGUUCAACCCUCGCCCGGCCUGGUGCUCUAUCCGAGCCCUUCUAUUCCCAGAGUAUGGGCGCUACGGUUCUCAAACGUCUCGAGAAAACCGCCUGGGUAGGCUGCCCUGCGUAUCUCUUGGACAUUAUAUUCUUCAUUCACGCUCAACGGUAUUCAAACCUCAACCAGACUCCACAGAAUUACUCAUUAUCAUUCCUAUCUUCAUCAGGCGAAGCAACACAAGCAGAGUCACCGCUCGCCAUUCUACGGCACAUCGACGCCUUUGACCCUUAUGCCUGGGCCGAGGAAAUGCAGUCCUAUCUCCUUUUAUCCGAUUCGUCCCAAAAGGUCCGGGUUGCUCUUGCAUGUGCAUACAAAGCUGCAGUCUACCUCUACGCGCGAAGGGUGGUAUCCAAAAUGAGCAGCUUCUUGUCAGACUGCGAAGCAGCAGGUAAUCAGGCACCCCGAGAUCGGGAAAUAGUAGAAAGUGAGCUAGUGCAGAAUCUAUCACUGAUUUCGCCGGAUGACGAGCAUUUCAAGUGCACCAUCUGGCCGACGUUCAUCGCCGGUGCGGAGAGUAUGUAUCCAACACAGCGGAUCUUCACGCUACAGCAUUUGAAUCUCUUGUGGAAUGAUUAUUGCAGUGUUAAUCUGCACAAUGCAGCAUGCGUGUUGAAGAUUAUGUGGCAGAAACAAGAUGAGAGGGGUAGAUUGAACGAGAGGCGGCGAACUGAGUUGUCUGCGUUCGCGUUGCAGGAAGAUGAGGUGGAUUGGAUUCAAGAGCUUGAUCAGUCGAGGUCAGAUUGGCUUUUUAUAUGA